AAUGCGGAGGCCAAGUGGCUACUCUUGACCCACAAGUCGAGCCGCGACCUCAACCACAGCAUCAACAAGACGGAGAUGAGAAGGCUGGCCUAUCGACUGAGCCACGCGGUCAGCGACACGCUUGACCGCUGCUCCUCCCUGGACCCCGAGCUCCGGUCCAAGUUCCCGACGACGCCUGUGUCCAUCGGCUGGGAGGGUCUGGGUGUGCUGAGCGCGAUGGACGCGCGCUGUGUGAGCCAGGCGUGUGUGUUACACAACCCCGCACUGACCGCCGGGGUCCUGCCCGCCAUCUCGCUGUGCGCCGUCACAAAAGUGGACAUUUCCCGCAACAGCUUCGAGGUGUUCCCCGCCGUCCUGCUAGAGCUGCCGUCCCUGGUGCUGCUGCGGGCGUCCAGGAACCAGAUCGGCGAGAUCCCCUCGGAGGUCAAUGUCCUGUGUGUGUCGCUGGAGGAGGUGCACCUCAACGAGAACAAGAUCCGAACCCUGCCCCGCUUCCUGUUCCAGCUGCCGCAGCUCAAGUUCCUGGACGUGUCUGUGAACCGUGUGAGCGAGGUCCCGCCAGAAGUGUGGUCUGCACCGUCCCUGGUCACGCUCCACCUGUCGGGCAACAGUCUGUCCUGGCUACCCACCACCUCCAGGGACCAACUGUCAUGGCCGCCGCCCCAGGGGUCAGGGGGCGGGGCGGCGCGACCUCGCCGGGUGUCCAUGGGCUCGCUCCAGCGCGACCACUCAGGGUCAGUGGGCAGCUACGACCUUGACCCUCUGGACGUGAGCGUGGACGGAGUGGAGUUUACCAUUUUGUCCCAUCAGG